AUGCCUAACAACGUCCCUAAUCUCUAUCGUUGGGGAGUCUUUAGAAGACUGGCUAAUCGUCUCGAGUCUCUGGACCGUUUUCUGGAAGCCAUGAGUGAGAUGAUGAAGUUUAGUGAUGCGGAAGACCGCCAAAUUCGCCACUACGGCCGUAAGAUCAUCUCUCUUACGGAGAUUGCAUACGCCACUAUGAAUUCAAGUAAUAUUGGCGCGACCCUGCUCGUGAUUUGUUCAGAGGAACAAGUGCCGUACAAAGCGGCAUUUUUUAAAAUGCUUGUCUUGAUCAGGCGCCGGAGGUCGGCGUUCCCUGCUUACUUGAACACUCGCAUCAGUGCGCUCUUGGAUUAUUCCAUAGAGCAUAACAUGGUGCUACGGACCAGAGGAAUCGAUCCACGUGUCCAAUUGGGCAUCAAGGAGUUGAUAAUCGUCAGGAAACCACGAGCGGCUCGUCAAAGCACCAUCGAGGCUGUAACCCCUGUCUCGUCGGCACGGGGAUCAUCUGCCGGCUCUUUAAAAACACCCAACGAGCCACUUGGUGCCUGUCUGCGCGCGACUGUCGAACGAGAGACCGACGCUUUGGAGUUGGCACUAGCAAAAGUUGAUUUUCUUCUUGAAGCCUUAGCUGGACUAAUGGCUACCAUAUCGUACUUGAAAUUACAACCUUUAACCCCUGUCUCGUCGGCACGGGGAUCAUCUGCCGGCUCUUUAAAAACACCCAACGAGCCACUUGGUGCCUCCAUUCCCUCGAAGGCUGUCUGCGCGCGACUGUCGAACGAGAGACCGACGCUUUGA